AACGCCGCCAACAUGCAUCGGAUUCCAAUUGUCUCCAGCAACCUCGCUGUCUUCGAGCAGUGUUAUUCUGUAGUAACCGGUUUGGUUGUUACGGGAAAUCCUACAAAGGCAAUUACCUGUUCUCUCCGUCGUGCUUUCCAGUUCUCCAGAUCUGGCGGUUUCCGCUGUCCUUGGAAAUGCCUAUGGUCGAAAUCAGCUCUACGGGCACAUCAGCUCAACCGACGUCCUCGGCGCCAUUGUCAGAGGGCAGUACAGGGACACCAGCUAACAUUUUCUCCACAACUGGAGGGCCUCCUCUUAUCUUAGUAUUCCUAGCAGCGGGACUGCUAAUCGGCGCUUUGGUUGCUCUAUUGGUCUUGAGAAGGGUGUAUCCACAGGGCAGACGACAGGGAAUUGUUACACGAGUUGCCACAAAUCGUAGACGGAGGCGGAGGAUCGGAGAGAAGCCUGUCCUAUGGGACUUCUACCUGCAAGAGGAUGAUGAAGAGGAACUAUCAGAGAAAGGGUUCACAAAGUGGAUGCAGGUUCUGCCUAUCUCAGCCAAAUUCAUUCCUAACGAGACAUCACGACAUAAUUCUCCACCCACAUCCCCUCGACUGCCCUCCUCACGCCCGUCGUUCGUCCAAAAAUACUUUCGUCGUAGUGAUCUUUCCACAUCUAAAACACAAGAACCGCCGUUUUCAGACAGUUCCGAACAAUUGAUAGAUGGAAAACUCGAAGUGGCUGUUACGAUCGCAAUGCCACGUCCACCGCCGUUACCGUCAUCAUCUACACACGGAGAGGCAGAACUUGACUACUGCCUUGGUCUUGUACACGUUCCCUGGAAAGAGACUUUAUCUGCACAUCACUUUUCGGAGAAGGUCCAGGUAGCGGAUUGAAAACAUGUGCUGGGAGGUAUGGUGAACGAUACCAGCGGUUUGUAUUAUUAGACAAUUAUCAUACUGUAUAUUCCUAUUGACUACUGUAGCUGUUGUUUGGGGUUGACAAUGCUGUGUAUGUUAGGACUAUGUCGUUCUGAGAUAUGAGAUACAGUAUACGACU